GAAGGACAAUCGCGAACGCGCGCACAGCCGGCUGUCGCGCGCGAAGCGCCAGACGCAAGGCGCCGCGCGCGGCAGAGACGCAGAGUGGGUAGGCGGAGCGGGCAACGCGCCAACACACCGGCCGGUUGCUGAAGUUAUCGAUCGGUUGGAGGCGACGUGCGUGGAGACGACGACGACGUCGACGUGCUGCUGCUCACCCGCAUCGUCAUCGUCGUCACGGAUCCGAUUGUCGAUGAAACGUAAGCUAUCCGAUACGGCAAACAACCUCAUCUGGCAGGUGGACGAAUCUCCGCCGGCCGACGAGUCGCAGAUUGGAGAACAUCGCGGUCCAUGCGCCAUCGACUACGACUCGAUGCUUAUGCUUGCAAAUGUUCCACCUCUCACCGAUGAAAUGCGGUUUCGAUGUCCAGCGCUUCCCUUACGAACGCGAUCUACUCCUGAGUUUACGCUUGUGCUGGAUCUAGAUGAAACCCUGGUACACUGCAGUUUGAGUCCUCUUGUCGAUGCAUCUAUGGUGUUCCCGGUGAACUUCCAAAACAACACCUAUGAGGUUUACGUGCGAUUGCGGCCACAUCUGCAUACAUUUCUGGAGAGACUUUCUGCUAACUAUGAAAUCAUACUUUUUACUGCGAGCAAAAGGAUUUAUGCUGACAAACUUCUGAAUCUUCUCGAUCCUCAGAAACGGUUGGUACGGCACAGGCUUUUCCGCGAGCACUGCGUUUGCGUAUAUGGAAACUACAUCAAAGACCUGUCGAUUCUUGGACGAGAUCUCUCACGAACUGUUAUUAUUGACAACGCACCGCAGUCAUUUGCAUAUCAGAUUGACAAUGGCAUACCGAUAGAGAGCUGGUUCCAUGAGAAAGAUGAUACGGAACUUUUGAAGUUGUUGCCGUUUUUGGAAAGUCUGCCAAAAGAGAAACGAGAUGUUCGUGAGAUUUUGCGAGAGAAAUAUCGAAUCAGAGAGAUGCUGCCACCGCCAUCCUGCCCACCUGUUCCGCCGGCAGAACCGUUAUGUUCUGGAUGAUGAGAAAAAACAAAAAGCAUAAGAACCGCUAACAUCACAUUUACCUAAUCCAAAAAGAGCACCACCUCUUCAGAGUGCCAUGAAGAUUGUUUUUGUUGGUUUGAACGAAGGAUUAGCUAAUUACCGAACUGGUACAUUGACUCCAGUGCGUAGUGAACAAUUGCUUUUCAGGUUAUUAGCGAAAAAGUGCUUUUUCUUAUUGCAUCAGUGUACCAAUCUAGUGACUGAUUAUGUUAUGCUAGAUACUAAUGCCUGUUUGUUGGUGAAAAUGACCUCAUGCAAGAUUCUAUUCAAUCACAUAGAUAUAAUACCAUAUUAUCGGCCACAUAAUGUACAUAGUGCUAGUCUACAAGAUUCCUGGUUAUAGCGGAAGUGAACACCUUAAUCGAUUUGCAUUUACAGAUUUGUUUUUAUGGAGAUUUUGAAAUAAAUGGAUUAUGG